UGUUUACCAAACGGGGAAGGGAUUAUAACCCAAAGAGCAGAUUAAAAAUUUGCUCAAUUUCCUUAGCUCGCAUAGGCCAAAGGGUUUAAGCUUUUCCCCUAGCAGAGCGCCUGCCUCCUCUUCUCUCAGCAAAACAGAAAACAUGGCCGAAGAUGAACGCAAGGAGGAAGUGGGAACCACAAUCGUAGAAGCAACAGACAAAGAAGAUGAGAUGAAGCCGUGGGAGCAGCACUCAGCAGUGAUAAGCAUCCCUCGUUUCGAUUACAAGGCUUCUUCUUCCCUCCUCCGCCAUUCCCAUUCUGCCUUUCUCAUCACUUGCCCCAUCAAGAGGGAGAAAAGUGCAACAAAAGAAGCUAUAGCUAUCCUUGAAAAGUAUAUUGUUUCAAAUCCUGAUGCUAAGAGAAGGAAAAUAUGCAUGGAAGAUGCUAAUGAAGAAUGCAAUGGAUCAGAAGGUGCAGCUAAUGAGCAUGUGAAUUCCGAAUCCGACACUUCUAUAAAGAAAAGUGAUAUUCUCUCACUUGUUAAGUUAACAAGAAGUGGAUUGCUUCUCUUUACAUUUCCAUUCGGCAAGUCCCCAGCAGUUGUUGACAUCGUUUCACAGAUUUUUCAAUCCCUUGAAUCUGGAAUAUUGAAGUCUCCUCUUUGGUGCAAUCGGAUAUUACCAAUUCAAGGUACAUGCCCUUUAGAGGAGAAGGAACUUAAGAAGAUUGUGACACAGCUUGUUGAUCAGUUUAUCAUCAAUAGGCCGAAGGAGACUGGAAAUACUGUUAAGUUUGCAGUUGGCUAUAACAGGAGAGGGAUUGAGGAGACCGAGAUGAAGAAUCUUAGAAAAACUUCUAGCGAUCCUGAUGUAUUUGCUUUGUUGGACCGCAACAAAUGCUUUAGCGUCGUGGCAGCAGCAGUAAAAGAAGUUGUCCCAGAUUCGACGGUGGAUUUGAAAGAUCCAGAGCUUUCUGUGCUUGUUGAGGUACUUCCACUUUCUAGAGUACCUGAUAAAACAGCCAUAGUUGGUGUGUCGGUUCUUCCACGAACACUUGUUAGUACAAAGCCUCGGCUCUGCAUCAAGGCCUUAGUCUCAGAUACAAAAGAGAUGAAAGGGAAGAAAAGAUAAAAUCUCUCUAUGAAUAGGAUGCACGUUUUCGAUUUUUUGUCGAUUACAUUGGCCUUUCUCAGAUUUAAAUAUUUAAUGUGUUGUAUUGACUUGGACUUUAAGGCGACACCUUGCAAUGGUAGUAAUUUAUUACUGUAUUUUGUAUUAUCAGGUGUUGGCUAGAUCUGGUUGAAUGUUUAACCCUUAAACUAGACAGGGAAAACAAGGAAAGCUGCAGUGACGACGAUGGUUCUGGUACACACCAAGUGUCGAAAAUGUUGCAGUUUAGCAUUAGAACUAUUUGUGUCCUCGCGGUUCUUUUGAAUUGCAGCAUAAUUGCAUUAGUUUUGUCGUUUAAAAGUUUGUUGUACAGAGAUUAUCUUCUAAUCAGUUUAUCACAGUAGUGAGAAGUUGGAAAGCUUUAGUUGUUCAAAAGCUUUUAUUUAGGUUUAACCUUUCGGUUGGGACUGUGUAGAAGAAAGGGAAGACAGGCUUGAGGGUGUCCUUUCUCCCGUUUCAGUUGGUAUAAAAGAAAAGACAUUCAAGACACAAGAUAUUUUCUUCC